GCCAUAACUAUCUUAAGUAAAAAUGUUUUAAUUUGCGUCCGGACUUCGCCAUGAAGAAAACAUUAAUAAUAAUGUCCGUUAUUAUGGUGACGUCAUGGGCAAGAAGAGUGCGAAAAAGAGAUCCCAUGAUGAAUCUUGGAUUGUUCGAAGGAGAUAUGCUGAAUACAAAAACUUUAAACGACCGGAGUGCUGUGCCCCUGGACAGUCAAAGAUGGCCAGGAGCCGAAAUACCAUACGUCAUCGACAAGUUCUUCACUCCAAUAAUGACGGACGCUUUGAAAGUCGGUAUGAAACACAUUUCUUCCAAAACCUGCAUCAAGUUUGUGCCCCGAACGAAUGAAAGAGACUAUAUAAGAGUUUUCUUUGGGGAUGGGUGCUAUGCUCACUGGGGUCGGAUCGGCGGAGAGCAGUCGGUGUCUCUGGGUCUGGGCUGCCACGAUAUAGGAACCGUCGUUCACGAACUUCUGCACGCCGUCGGAUUUGAGCACGAACACAAUAGGUCGGACAGAGAUGACUAUUUAACCGUGCACUGGGAAAAUAUUGACGUCGGUUUUGAAGAUUCCUUCGAGCCCCUGAUGCCCCACGAAGAGCGCCUCAUCACAGAUUUCGACUUUGAGUCAGUGAUGUUGUAUGGUAGUCAUGCAUUCAGCAAGGAUCCAGACCUCAAGACGAUGGAAGCCUUGGACGGAAGACACAUGCCAGAAGUCUAUCACAAGAAGGGACUAUCAGAAGACGACAUUCAGAGAGUGAACAUAUUGUAUGACUGCUGAAUGCUCCCGUGUUAGAAAAUUAAAAUGGCGCUUUGGUCGAAAAACUGAAAAGUUAAAUAAAUUAAGCAAAGCACUGUUU